UUGCUAUGCUCUGGGAGUGUUGAUAUUCUCGUCAGUCCGGCUGACUGCAGCCAAGUUAGAAGCCUGGUAGGGAGGUACUUUUAAAAUUAUCUUGCGUGGGGCAGGCUACGCUGUCCUGUCGCAGUACUCCUGCCUGCGAGUCAGAGCCUCGGAGAGAGAAGUAAAGAGCGGACACGGCCGACAAGAAGGCAAGGAACGAGGGUGCCGACUUGACUGAAAUUUGAGACGGAGGGCACGGGAGGGCGAGCGAUCAUCUCUGAUUGGCCUGUGGGCGUCAUCGAAGACCCACGCAGCUGCUUCGAUUGGUUGCUGCCCGCAAUUGUUGUGGCGGCGGCGAAGAUUUUGCCCACGUACUUCCGCACGAGAGGCGGGGCUGUGCCCUGGCGCGCGUGCGCAGCGUCCCGGGGCCCCACCCGGUAGUUCAAGAACCUGCGAGGGGGCGGGGCGAAGAGGUGCUUGUUUUGGUUCUGUUUCCUUUGAAGCAGAAGGCCGGAGCGAGCGUAGCAGUAAACUUGCUGGACUUGAAGAGAAGGCUACGACAAACUCGCCGGGGUGCCUUCAGCUUGGACUUCACAUCCGGGUUCUCCUGCCGCGUGACCCGCGCGCCGCCGAGAGUUCUCGAACCGGUGCCUCAAUCUCUUUAUCCGGGUCCCGCCGAUCCCAUCGUGCUUCGCGCACCACAGUAGCCCCCUCAUCCGGGUUCUCUCCCGGCGUGCCCCGCGCCGGGUUUGCUGGGGGGUACUCGGCGGUGCCGCCAUGACUAUUCUCCCCAAAAAGAAGCCGCCGCCUCCCGACUCUGACCCCGCUAACGAGCCGUCGCCGCCCGGGCCGCUGCCCCCGGCGCCGCGCCGCGGCGGGGGUGUGGGCGUGGGCGGCGGCGGCACGGGCGUGGGCGGUGGCGACCGCGACCGUGACUCGGGCGUUGUGGGGGCCCGUUCCCGGGCCUCGCCACCGCCUCAGGGUCCGCUACCGGGGCCACCGGGUGCGCUUCACCGCUGGGCGCUGGCCGUGCCGCCAGGCGCUGUGGCAGGCCCGCGGCCACAGCAGGCCUCUCCUCCUCCUUGCGGGGGCCCAGGCGGACCCGGCGGCGGUGCCGGUGACGCGCUGGGCGCAGCGGCGGCGGGUGUGGGCGCGGCGGGCGUGGUGGUGGGCGUGGGCGGUGGUGUAGGCGUGGGCAGCUGCUGCUCUGGGCCGGGUCACAGCAAACGGCGGCGUCAAGCGCCUGGGGUUGGCGCGGUUGGCGGGGGCAGUCCCGAGCGUGAGGAGGUCGGCGCAGGUUACAACAGCGAGGAUGAGUAUGAAGCAGCUGCAGCACGCAUCGAGGCCAUGGAUCCUGCCACCGUCGAGCAGCAGGAGCACUGGUUUGAAAAGGCCCUGCGAGACAAGAAGGGCUUCAUCAUCAAGCAGAUGAAGGAGGACGGCGCCUGUCUCUUCCGGGCCGUAGCUGACCAGGUGUAUGGAGACCAGGACAUGCAUGAGGUUGUGCGAAAGCACUGCAUGGACUAUCUGAUGAAGAAUGCUGACUACUUCUCCAACUAUGUCACAGAGGACUUCACCACCUACAUCAACCGGAAGCGGAAAAACAAUUGCCAUGGCAACCACAUUGAGAUGCAGGCCAUGGCGGAGAUGUACAACCGGCCUGUGGAGGUGUACCAGUACAGCACAGAACCCAUCAACACAUUCCAUGGGAUCCAUCAAAAUGAGGAUGAACCCAUCCGCGUCAGCUACCAUCGGAAUAUCCACUACAAUUCAGUGGUGAAUCCCAACAAGGCCACCAUUGGUGUGGGGCUGGGCCUGCCGUCAUUCAAACCAGGGUUUGCGGAGCAGUCUCUGAUGAAGAAUGCCAUAAAAACAUCAGAGGAGUCAUGGAUUGAACAGCAGAUGUUGGAAGACAAGAAGCGGGCCACAGACUGGGAGGCCACAAAUGAGGCUAUCGAGGAGCAAGUAGCUCGGGAAUCCUACCUGCAGUGGCUGCGGGAUCAGGAGAAACAGGCCCGCCAGGUCCGCGGCCCCAGCCAGCCCCGGAAAGCCAGCGCCACAUGCAGUUCUGCCACAGCAGCAGCCUCCAGUGGCUUGGAAGAGUGGACCAGCCGGUCCCCGCGGCAGCGGAGUUCAGCCUCGUCACCUGAGCACCCUGAGCUGCAUGCCGAGCUGGGCAUCAAGCCCCCUUCCCCAAGCACUGUCUUAGCUCUUGCCAAACCUCCUUCGCCCUGUGCACCAGGUACAAGCAGCCAGUUCUCGGCAGGGGCCGACCGAGCUACUUCCCCCCUCGUGUCCCUGUACCCUGCUCUGGAGUGCCGAGCCCUCAUUCAGCAGAUGUCCCCCUCCGCCUUUGCAGGUCUGAACGACUGGGAUGAUGAUGAGAUCCUCGCGUCGGUGCUGGCCGUGUCCCAACAGGAAUACCUAGACAGUAUGAAGAAAAACAAAGUGCACAGAGAUCCACCCCCAGACAAGAGCUGAUGGAGACCCAGAGACUGGAGACCACCUCCCAACCCUCGCCACUCCUGCCCUCCGGUGCCACCCCACCUUCUGUGGCUUUCUUCCCUUUUGCCUACUUCCUUCUUCCCUCUCUCCCCUCCUUUCCCUCCUCCCCACUUCCCUCUGGCUGGCCUACCCCUGCGCCUCCUCUCAUCGCUGCCACCACCACCAUCACCUGUCUCUUCGCCAGCUGACGUGCCCUGUUGCCCCUUGCACAGCACCAUCCCUGCAUUCCACAGGGGACUCAGGCAAGGGUGCCGAAGGUAGGCGAGAGGCACACAGAGACAAACCACCUGUCAGCCAGGCAGCCCUGAGGAGACACAUUCAGACAGAGGAAAGUCUCCCUGCCCCCUGUUCCUUCCAAGAUCAGAUAAACUUGUUAGCCCACCUCCGCAUUGAUGCCAGGGAGGUGGGAGGAAGAAGUGGGAAAUUCCCCUUCCCAGUACCCCAAGAAUGUCUGAGCCUUCAAUGUUGAAUUUUUUCUUUAUUAAAGUAUACUUUUAUCUUAUAAAAUCAACCAAUCAAAAAUGA